AUGUCUGCGAACAAGGACUUCACGUCCAUCAUCAUCAGCAUGGCCCACCACAUCGUGCCCAACCCGCCUACCGGUGCUCCGUACCUCCCGUCUCCCGUCGAGACCAAGUACUAUCUCUACGGUCUCCCUUCAGGGGCUCGCAUGAUCGCGCGCUCCAGCGCUGACGUCUGGAUGCCGCCCACCAGCGCUGAGGCGUAUCUGGAGCCGAAGGAGCUCGCCGUUUUCGGCGCCCACAGUCUUAACGGCGUCUGGGACGAUAUCGUCGGUCCUGCCAUGGAGGCCUACCUGGCUGACCAACAGGUCCAGUGUUCCAUCAUGCAUCCCGUCCGUCUCGGCGCCGUUGGUCAGACCCCCGACCCUCCUCCCGCCUUCGUCAUGAUAGGCGUCCACCACGACACCGUCUCGGCCGAGUCCGGCCUGCGGGUCGCCGUCCAUUGCAGGUCCAUCCUCCUGGACCACCAGAUCGAGGACGUCCAUGUCAUCGUCUACGAGUCCAAGUACCGGUUCCUCGCGGGCCUGUACAAACCCGCCGUCACCUCCAAUCCCAUCGCUAUCGUCCGCGAGCCUUUCUCUACCACGCUCGGCAUCCCCAUCUGUAACGCCACCACGCCCAACUUCGAGGGGACCGGCGGUUUCUUCUUCAUCGAUUCCGCCAAGCCCGGCAAACUCUUCCUGCUCACCGCCAGGCACGUCCUCUUCCACCCCGACAAGGAACCAAACACGCUCUACCGCUUCCUAGAGAGCGGUGGCGGCGCCAAGCACAAGGUCUUGCUUAUGGGCGAAGCGGCCUUCAAGGCUCGCUGUGGCGACAUCGAGGCCGCCAUCGGUGCCAAGGAGAUCAUCUUGGAGCAGCUUGCGCGCCGUUUGGAGCUGGCUGACAACUUGGAUGAGGAGGAGGCUGGGGAUGAGCGUGAUGAAGUCGAGGCUCUGACCAACGCCGCCAACAAGGCUAUCGAAGCCCUCAAGAAGCUGCUCGCUGAUAUCGUUCGGGACUGGACGGACAAGGAGAAUCGUGUCAUUGGCCACGUCACCCUGUCUCCUCCCAUCAGCUUCAACCACGUCGACGGCGGAUUCACCGAAGAUUGGGCCGUGGUCGAGUUACUCCCCUCCAUGAUCUCCAAGCUCAACCUCGUCGGCAACGCUAUCGAUCUCGGCUCUGUUGCCGUCGACGAGCUCACCGCCUGGAUGUACCCGCAGCUUUCCAACCCCAGCGCUUUCAAGUACCCUGGCGAUCGCCUCCUCCGCUUCUUCGGCACCGUCUCCGACGACGAGAUGUACAAGCCUGACCCGAGGACCAAGGACCAGGAUAACGAUCCCGUUAUCAUGGUGCUGAAGAACGGCAACUCCACUAACCUCACCGUCGGCCGCCUCAACACGAUCCGCGCCUUCACGCGCACCUACUUCAAAGGUAAGCCUGGCGCCAUGUCCAAGGAGAUAGCAGUCCUUCCGCGCAGCUCUAAGUCGGGCCCCUUCUCGGCCAAGGGCGACUCGGGCUCGGGCGUCAUCGACGCCAAGGGCAGAGCGUGCGGGCUGCUCACGGGCGGCGACGGUGCUACUGACGUGUCCGACUGCACCUUCCUUACCUCGGUCAACUUCCUCGUUAAGCGCCUCAAGGAGCACGGCAUCCGUGCCAAUAUCUUUCCUGUGCCCGCGGAGAUGUGA